CACUUCAGUUUUCAUAAAACAACACUCUCCUUGUCCGCCAAAAUGGGCCUCUUUGCCAGUGCUCCAGUGGAUGAUGGUUCCAUGGAAAUCGUGCGAGAUUUCAUUCAAAAUAUGGAGAAUGAUGCUCAAUCAUCGAAUAAAAGUGCAUUUGCUGACUGUUUUAUGGAUACUUUCAAUUUUAAUGUUCGUGGGAGGAUUUUUACCAAAGCUCUAUUCGUGGAAAGCUACCUUACCAAGCCGAAUCCCGAGCCAUUGAUCCUCAAAUCAUCGAUUUUUACUCAAGGAAAAAAUGAAAUCAAGUUCAAUGUUUCACAUGUAGUUGGGCCAAGAACCAAUAUUGCUGAUUUCUAUCUAUUGCGUGAAGGAGAAGAAGGAAAAUGGAGACUUAAAUCUGGAAUUGUUAUCAAUUAAUAUUCCAUUGUGAUGAAUGAAGUAGUACUUGAUUAGAAUAAAGAAGUUGCUCGAAAA